AUGAAUUGGCAACUGAGUCCUCUCUUGCUCUUGAUAUUUUCUUUUCUUUCCAUCAAAGCUUUUGGUAGGAUACAACAUCAGUAUCAAGUGCCAUCUGAUGUUCUUAGGUCUGAUGGUGGUACUAGGAUAAGCGGCAUACAGGACAGGAUUGAUAAGGAUAUAGUCCUGGGAGGUCUUUUCACAGUCUACUUCAGUUCUGGUGGAAGUAAUGUUGGCAGCUGUGGUGAUGUCAUAUGGGAAGAUGGUAUGGAGAUGCUUGAGGCAAUGCUAUAUGCUAUUGACAGUGUAAACUCAGACCCCACUCUACUCCCUAACUUGACACUGGGCUAUGAUAUAAGGGACACUUGUAAAAGAGAGAAUGUGGCUAUGGAUGAGACUAUUGAUAUCAUCUUAUCCAGUGGGGAUUUGGAGCUGGAGAGUUGUGCAGUUGUAGAUACUAGCAUAUCAGACCAAGUCCCAGUGUCAGUCAUACUAGGAGCAUUUGAGAGUUUCAUUACAAUACCAAUGGCUGGCCUACUGCGUCUUUUUAAAAAGCCACAGAUAAGCUAUGGAUCUUCAUCGACUGCUCUGAGCAAUCGUGAGUUGUACAGUUAUUUCUUUCGUACGUUCCCACCAGAUGAUAAGCAGGCAAAGGCCAUGGUUGAUCUCAUAGUCCAUUAUGGCUGGGACCACAUCUCUACUAUCAAUUCCAAUAAUUUGUACGGUCAAAGAGGAAUUGAGGAAGUGAAGAAGCAUGCUGCAGCCAAUAGUAUCUGCAUUGACUUUGAUGCUAUCAUUACUGAUGAAUUCAAAAUAGCAAACUACACUAACCUAGCAAAUGAGUUACUAAAUUCUUUGGCUAAUGUAGUUGUGCUAUUUGCUUCAGUGCAUCAUGUCCGUAGCCUAUUGACUGAACUAGACAGGAUACAAACUGAGAAUAACAAUGAAAGGCAUUUUGUGUGGAUUGCUAGUGACACAUGGGCUGAACUGACAGAUGAAGAAUUCAAUAAUGUCACUGCAGGAAAAUUUGGUUUUGCUGCCUUCUCUGAGAACCUCGAUUCAUUUGAUAAUUAUUUUUCUCAGUUGCUCCCUAGCACAAACAACCGUAAUCCAUGGUUUUCUGCCUACUAUGAGCAGUAUUAUGAUUGUAAACUCAAUGGAACAUCAGUUUGUGACAACAGCAGUAUUACUGAUGCUUCAGACUAUAAACAGUCUUCAGUUGUGCCUCUGGUGACAGAUGCAGUCUAUGCAGCAGCUCAUGCUAUUAAUAACUUCAUACAGGAUAACUGUAUUCAACCAGUCCAAUGGUAUCCAAACAAUCAAAGCUGUUAUGGAUACAACCAGUCAUUAAAUAGAGAUGCCUUGUUUGACUAUAUUAGUAAAGUAAACUUCUCGAGUCCCAGUAAUAAUUGGGUCAAUUUUAAUUCGCAAGGAAACAUUGCAGCAGCAAAGUACAGCAUAUUCAAUUACCAAUUGAUUAACUGUACUGCUAAUGAUUGCCCUUCAUUCAGUUUGGUAAACAUUGGGACUUGGGACAGCAGUGUUGAUAAUCGUCUGCUACUUGACCCUAACGCUACCAGUCAGUUUGGAAUAGCUUCAUCACCAACAGGAGAGUAUGUGCCAAUAAUGGCAUUGAAAUCACAGUGUAAAGUAUGUGGUCCAGGUCAAAUCAAACGUAUAGUGGUAUCCUCAUGCUGUGGUACUUGUGAUCCAUGUCUCGGACAAAGCUAUACCAAUGCUUCAUUAACUAAUGUUACAUUAUGUCAAACAUGUCCUAAUGACAUGUGGGGCAAUAAUCCGUUAACUGGUAGCACUGGCUGUGUUGAUAUUUCUCACACAUAUCUUAAACCAACUGAUGCAUGGGGUAUAGUACUGAUUGUAAUAUGUGCAGUUGGAUUGAUAGCAGUUGUAUUUGUCUCAUGUGUAUUUGUUAGGUUCUGGAAUACUCCUAUUGUCAAGUCUUCAGGAAGAGAACAAAUGAUACUUCUACUCAUUGGAUUGGCUCUCUGCUUUCUCGUAACUGUUGCUUUUCUCUUAAAGCCUUCACCAAUCAUUUGUGGAUGUCAGCGUGUUGGUCUCUGGUUUUGCUUCUCUCUUGUACUGUCAGCACUACUAGUGAAGUUAAUACGGAUAUCACGUAUAGGUUUUCACAAGAGCAUGUCAAACCGUCCCAAGUGCAUAGGCCCCAUUUAUCAGAUUUUGUUUACGUUCCUGUUGGUCAGUGUACAAAUGAGCUUGGUUUUAGUUUCAAUGAUAAUAGUCCAUCCAGACACAACAACCUCUAUCAAGCUUGACGAGAACAAUCACAAUGAUAACCCAACUCUCAUCCUACAGUGCACCUCCCCACACAUUGCAUUGAUCAUAUUACAGAUGCUGUAUAUCAGUGCUUUACUUAUUGCCAGCAAUGUACUAGCAGUCCUUACUAUUAGAUUCCCUGCUAACUUCAAUGAGUCCAGGUACGUAUCUUUCUCUACGUUUUCAUUGGGUAUAAUGUGGUUCCUUUUCUUGCUCUCUUACAUUGCUACUGAUGACUCCACCAUUCAGACAGCAGUGAUCUCCUCGACAAUACAAUUGAGUGCAUUGGCUGUAUUGGGCUGCUUGUUUGGUCCUAGAGUGUUCAUUAUGAUAUUCUGGCCUAAGCAGAAUGAUCAGGGAACUGUAGCACCAGAUCUACCGACUGCAUAUGAAGUAUAAAACUGACCAAGAGUGAUGGCAGUGUACACGUAAAAAUUAUCAUUAUUAUAAUACAUAGUAGAAAAAGGAUUCUAAACAUUUAUAGUUUUGCAAAUAUGCAAUUGUUAGACUAUUUUAAG